CUGCCGCUGCCAGUGCGUCAUCAGAGCGCGCCGGAAGCGGUCCGAGAAUGAAGAGUGUGAUCUACCAUGCAUUGUCUCAGAAAGAGGCGAAAGACUCUGAUGUCCAGCCUCCAGGAGCACAGCGGGCCGAGGCCUUCGUGAGGGCCUUCCUGAAGCGCAGCACACCCGGCAUGAGCCCGCAGGCCCGUGAGGACCAGCUGCAGCGCAAGGCCGUGGUCCUGGAGUACUUCACCCGCCACAAGCGCAAGGAGAAGAAGAAGAAAGCCAAAGGCCUCUCUGCCAGGCAAAGGAGGGAGCUGCGGCUCUUUUAUAUUAAACCAGAGCAGCAGAGAUACAGUCUUUUCCUCCCUCUCCAUGAACUCUGGAAACAGUACAUCAGGGACCUGUGCAAUGGACUAAAGCCAGACACGCAGCCACAGAUGAUUCAGGCCAAGCUGUUAAAGGCAGAUCUUCACGGGGCUAUUAUUUCAGUGACAAAAUCCAAAUGCCCCUCUUAUGUGGGUAUUACAGGAAUCCUUCUACAGGAAACAAAGCACGUUUUCAAAAUUAUCACCAAAGAAGACUGCCUGAAAGUUAUCCCCAAGCUAAACUGCGUGUUCACUGUGGAAAUCGAUGGCUUUAUUUCCUACAUUUAUGGGAGCAAAUUCCAGCUUCGGUCAAGUGAACGGUCUGCGAAGAAGUUCAAAGCAAAGGGAACGAUUGACCUGUGAAUUCUUUGCCAUCUAACACAGUUGUUUAUGACAGCUGAAAACUGGACACUCCUAAAUGCCGACCUUUCAGUGAAGAGAUGGUUAAGCCAAUUCCGUUUGUAGACCACCUCCGGCCAGUGACGUUCCGAGUUGAGGAUGCUCAACAAUACGGGAAGGUCGCGGUGUACCGAGUGAAGAAGUCAGGGGACAGAGGAAUUUCUCUUUCUAGGAGAUCUUCAUUUCGUGUGACUCCCAUGGAGAGGAACAGACUGGCAGGAAGCACACCGGGGUUAACGCUGAUUGACUUGAAUAGUUUCACUCAAUUUUAAAAAAUACUUUUCCAUGUUUUCUGAGUGCACUAUGGUGAAUCAGCUGCCUCUGUGAUAAUACAGUACACAUGUGGACAUAACCAGGGAUCAAAUAAAGGAGGUAUUGCUGCAGUCCAGCCAGGUUGAAAGGGAAGGGGGGCCCCAAAGGUCCAUUGGAUGGCAGGUGUCUACAGAGGUGCGCCUUUGGGUGGAACUCUUUGACCUACCUAAGGUUUACUUUGCUAUUUCAGGAAGGUUGAAGAGGAUUGAAGGGUGAGUUGCUAAGUGACUUAGGGCUUAUUCACUUCAGGAAUUGCAGCUGGGGUGGACCCCAGGAGCACAGCACUGUGUGCAGCUGUGCCCAUUACAUGGUCGCCCCAGCGUAGUGAGAUGGGACCUGCCACGGCAUGCCCGCCCCCGAGCUGCCAGGCUGAGCCGUGGAGGACUGAAAGGAGGUCGCCCGGCAUCACCUCCCAAGGUCAGACCUGCAAAAGCCACACCAGCAGCAUUGAUGCCCUUUGAUCUCUUUGCCAUUUUUGCUGCUGAAAGACUUGGCUUUUCGGUCUGACUGUGGCCCUCUGACAGUGUGUCUGUAAAGCCAGUGGGUCAGGCAGGCCCUUCCAUGCAGGGCCAGAGGAAGAGCAGCCCCAGGGCUGCAGUGAGAGCGGGCCAGGGGACCAGCCUACCAGAUGGGUUGGAAACAUGGCUCAGAAGGACCAACUACCCCUUCCCUUUGAGGAGCAAGUAUCUGCCAAUCAACAAGGCAAGGCCAGGAGCCCUCCUGGCGAAAGGCAGGCCACAAAUCUGUUCUCCCACAGGAGAAGCAGCAGUGCUGGGGCUUUGCGUUCCUGGUGCCUUCCUACCCAGACCACACCAGAGAGAAAGACCGCAGUGGAGAAGGGAAGUGGGAACGCUGACUGCUGUGUACCAGGAGAGCAGAAAGGCCCAGGUCUCUGCCGCUGCCCCUCCCCAAGGCUCACAAUGCACCCAGAGUCUCACAGGGACCAACCCGGUGCUUCGGUCCUGCUUCCCUUGGUGCAAGUGUCCGCUGCUCACCAGGGCGUUCUGAGGUGGCUCAAGUGCUCUCCCCCAAGCAGCACACAGUCACCGCAGCCAGUGAUGCACACACGCACGGGCUAGCGACUGCCUUGUGGUGUGGCCAUCCUCGUCUACCACAGGAAGACAGAAUUCAAGGGAACCCUUGCCCAAGGCCUCGCUGACUCAAGGGCAAUUGAGAUUGGACCUAAUGGUCGGGCUCCAGAACUGUGCUUUCAGCUACAGGGUGGCUGCAGGAUGAGACAGAUGCAGUUCUAAAGUGCAGGAUUUGCUGCCUUUAUUACCUGCUUUCCCUCUGAGCAAAUCCCUGUCUUGAGUGGGAAGUGGCAUCUGUUCCCCCAGCCAUCUGAAAGUGCAGUGUUUAUAACCGAAUAGGUGCUGUAGCUUUCUAGCCAUCUCGCUCUUACCCACCCCUCUGCAAUGUAAAAGACGUCCACUGUUGUGUAAAUACACAGUUGCUUUCCAGAAAA